AAUGUUUCGGUUUUUUGUAUAUUGUGGACGCGCUAACCACGUCUAAAAAUUCAAAUAAGUAAAAUACAUUCAUAGAACAAAAAUUUCGGAAGGUGGCACCCUUCCUUUAACAGAUGCGAAUGAUAAGUCAUGUGUGAUAUUGUUGCCAAGAUUUCGCCAACAACUUUUCCUGAGAACCGAAGUUCAUUAGCCCAAGAACUUUACAGAAGUCUUCCUUUCACUCUAGCAUACCGUGAGAUCGGCAGUGAGAUCUCGGUGUCGCCGGUGCCGCCGCUGCCGUCAUCGGACGGAGGCGGCGGCGGUGACCUGCGCCCGGCCCGCCGCCGACCUCUGGCCUCCUCCGCCUCACCGCCCUCCUCCGGACUGGUGGCCAGCACCUCGGCCUCGCUCUCCGUGCCACUCGGUCAAGCGCCGCACAAUGAAACCGAACUCGGCUCAAAAAUGCUACAGAUCCAGUCGAAACGGUUCUACAUUGACGUCAGCAAAACCGCCGGGGCCGGUUCGUCAAAUUGCCGAG